CCACUGCAACAGCAUCAAAAACCACAGCCAUAGCCAAUAAAUAAACCCAUUAGCAAAAACCAAAACCUUCCCUACUUUUUUCGCUUUCCACCUUCACCCCGAACCAAUCACACACCUGAAUUCUUCUCUUCACAGUCUCACGCCAAUAGUUUUCCAAAACCAACUGGUUUUUCUUUUCUCCAAAACCCCAUUUUUGGCAACCAUAUAUAAACACCAGCAACAUACCUCUUUGCCUUCAAACAAAACUCGAUAUUACCAUAACAACAACAAAAAAACCUUAUCAUUCUCAUGGAUACUGCAAAUAACGUAGGCUCAGUAGCUACUCCAGCUCCAGUCCACCCAGCUUGCUCAAGCGGGACACUGGGUCGGCACCUGGCUCGGCGGCUAGUAGAGAUCGGCGUGAGAGACGUGUUCUCUGUGCCCGGUGACUUCAACCUCACGCUUCUUGAUCACCUCAUAGCCGAGCCAAACCUCAACCUUGUUGGCUGCUGUAAUGAGCUCAACGCUGGCUACGCUGCCGAUGGCUACGCGCGCGCCAAGGGCGUUGGCGCGUGCGUAGUUACCUUCACCGUUGGUGGGCUUAGUGUCAUCAACGCUAUUGCUGGAGCUUACAGUGAGAACUUGCCUGUGAUUUGCAUAGUUGGUGGGCCCAACUCCAACGAUUAUGGAACUAACCGGAUCCUCCACCACACGAUCGGGUUGCCUGACUUUUCUCAAGAGCUUAGGUGCUUUCAAACUGUCACUUGUAAUCAGGCGGUGGUGAAUAACUUGGAUGAUGCGCACGAGCUGAUCGACACGGCGAUUUCGACUGCAUUGAAGGAAAGCAAGCCGGUCUAUAUUAGUAUCGGUUGUAAUUUGCCAGGGAUUCCUCAUCCAACUUUUGGGAGGGAUCCUGUGCCGUUCUUUCUAGCACCCAAGAUAAGCAAUCAAUUAGGAUUAGAAGCAGCUGUGGAAGCGGCCGCUGAGUUUUUGAACAAAGCUGUGAAGCCUGUGCUUGUGGGUGGCCCCAAGUUAAGGGUAGCGAAGGCACAAAAGGCCUUUGUAGAACUUGCUGAUGCCAGUGAAUAUCCAGUAGCAGUUAUGCCCUCAGCAAAGGGACUGGUGCCAGAGCACCAUCCUCACUUCAUUGGAACGUAUUGGGGUGCUAUCAGCACCAGCUUUGUUGGGGAGAUUGUGGAGUCUGCUGAUGCUUAUGUCUUUGCUGGCCCCAUCUUUAAUGAUUACAGCUCUGUUGGUUACUCCUUGCUGAUCAAGAAGGAGAAAGCAAUUAUAGUGCAGCCUAAUCGCGUGACUAUAGCCAAUGGUCUAUCUUUUGGCUGGGUUUUCAUGGCUGAUUUCUUGAGUGCAUUGGCUAAAAGGCUAAAGAAGAACUGCACAGCUCAUGAGAACUACAGCCGGAUCUAUGUUCCGUCAGGCAUCCCUUUAAAAUGUGAGAAAGAUGAGCCUCUUAGAGUUAAUGUUCUCUUCAAGCACAUUCAGGACAUGUUAAGUGGAGACAGUGCAGUAAUUGCCGAAACUGGGGACUCAUGGUUCAACUGUCAGAAGCUCCGCCUCCCUGAGAACUGCGGGUAUGAAUUCCAGAUGCAGUAUGGAUCUAUUGGCUGGUCAGUAGGUGCCACUCUUGGAUAUGCCCAGGCUGCCAAAGAUAAGCGUGUGAUUGCUUGCAUUGGUGAUGGUAGUUUUCAGGUUACCGCUCAGGACAUUUCAACAAUGAUUCGAUGUGGACAAAGGACCAUUAUAUUUCUGAUCAAUAAUGGAGGUUAUACAAUUGAAGUAGAGAUUCAUGAUGGCCCAUACAAUGUGAUUAAGAACUGGGACUACACUGCCCUUGUUGAUGCCAUCCACAAUGGCGAAGGCAAAUGCUGGACUGCAAAGGUACGUACAGAGGACGAACUGACAGAAGCGAUUGCAACAGCAACAGGCGCACAAAAGGAUUCUUUAUGUUUCAUCGAAGUAUUUGUGCACAAGGAUGACACCAGCAAAGAGCUGCUGGAAUGGGGAUCCCGAGUUUCUGCUGCUAAUGGCCGUCCUCCAAAUCCUCAAUAAUUUCAGAUUGGCCUUACUACUAGUCCUUUUUGCAGAACUGAAAUCGGUAUUAUGAGCUCUAAUCCAGAACUAUAAAUUAAUAAGAGAAGAUAGUCUUGCUUGGGUUGCAAGGCAUCUAUACCAGUCCUGUUGCCGCAUCCUCCUUUUUGUUGUAAAAAUAAAGUCCAAUUGCUGUAUGUUAGCAUUGAAACUUUAAGAGCUUUUGUAAAUGACUGAGUGUAACAAUCUUGAUGAUGAAUAUGCAUGUAUAAUAUUGAUGGUACAUGUUGUGGGAGUA